GGGGGUAGGGUGGGGUAAGGGGAUUGAUCUGGUCACUCACUUCCACUGUUCUUCUUUCAGAUACAAUUUUGAGCAAAGAUGCAUAUGCAGAAGUUUAAUAAAUUCCAUUCAGCUCGAAUUUCACUUUGCUUCAGUGUGAAUUCUGCGUGAAAACUGAGGAAUCCGAUGGUCAUUUUUCGAUAGGUGCUUGAUAAUUUGUUAUCAAAUUCUUUGAUUUUUUGUUGGUGUUUGUUAUGCUGAUUCUAUUCUUUGUUGCACAUAUAUUGCUGCUAUAUAUACAUAUCAUCAUCAUAUAGGACAUACAGUUAUAUACACAAAUAGAGAAGAUUUUCAAGCGUUAUUCUUUAAUUUGUUUUGACAUCGGAUUCCCAUUUUGUUUCUGGUUUCUUGAUUUAUUGAAAUUUCGUUCACUCACAUAGAGGCAUAUUCUACAGCAAUUUCAUAUCAAUUUAUAUAAAAUAUUUAUAUAUUGCAUAACUUGGGAAGUAAAGAAAACAUAUACACACACUGAGAGAGAAGAAAGUAGAAGGACUGGGAGACUUGGGGUUAUAGAAAAGAAAGGAAAAAAUUGGUGAGGGUCUAAAUAAUGUUGGCUGGGUGUUCUUCUACAUUGUUGUCGCCAAGGCAUAGAUUGAGAAGUGAAACAUCUGGACAGUUUCAAGUUUGCCAUCUCCCUUCAAUGAGCACCCAAAGAUUGGAUUUGCCAUGUAGUUUUGGUCGAAAAGAUGCCCCGAGGUCAUCUCAAUCGGUUAGGCCAGUAGGCCUCUCCAUUGAGAAGCCUAUUGAAGCAAAGACGACUAAUUGUUCUCUUAGGCAGAAUAUCAAACUCCCACCUUCGUCAACCACAGAGGGUAGGAGAGAAAGCAAUGAUGAAUUUUGGGAGAAGAGUAAAAGGAAGAGGUAUGCAGAGGAAGGGUCUUAUGAUGAGCAGUUUGGGAUGAAUAGAGUAAAGAGGAAAAGGGGUAGUAGUGGAAAAUCUGAGGAUUGUGAAGAAGAAGGUGGAAACUUGAGUUUAGGCCAUUUGGGUGGGGGGAAUUUAUGGUUUCACCCUGGCUUUGAUGUGCAGCGGUCUGUUCCACUUGCAGGGCUUAAUCCACCUCAAGUGCCUUUCUCUCUUUCAUGUUCCGGAGAGGAAGAAAGAGUGUGCUUUGUGCCAAGCAACGUGAUAGCUCCGCAAUUACCACCUUUGUCAAAUAGCCCGUGGUUGGAACCUAUUGGGAACAAGAUAACGUACUUAGGUGACAAGAACGCAGAAACAAGCCAGGGUCCCGCACAAGAGGGCUCACGAUCUUCGAGUACUUCAUCAGAGAGUGGUCGCUUGGUUCUUAGGCUGAAUGAGAAUCCUGGGGAGCAUGAAACAGGAAAUGGUUCGAGGCCACCUAAUCCAAGGGACAGGGUUGAGAUUGUAGCAGGGCAGAACGGUGAAAACAACCACAGGGAACGUGACGAUAUUGAGCUUGUCAACUUCCUUGUGGCUUGUGUUGAAGCAAUUCGUUUAAAGAACAUUGCCAAUAUCAACCAUUUUAUAGCUAGACUUGGAGAACUUGCUUCACCGAGGGGCUCCCCUAUUCGUCGCCUCGCGGCGUACUUCACUGAGGCGUUAGCUCUGCGAGCUGCAAGGUUAUGGCCUCAUAUCUUUCACGUUACCAUUCCUCGGGAGUUUGAUCAGGUGGAUGAUACGAGUGGCACUGCGUUAAGGAUUUUAAAUGAGGUAAGCCCAUUUCCAAAGUUCAUACAUUUCACCUCAAAUGAAAUUUUACUGAGGGCUUUUGAAGGAAAAGACCACGUUCACAUCAUAGAUUUUGACAUAAAACAAGGGCUGCAGUGGCCUAGUCUGUUUCAGAGCUUGGCUUCUAAGACUAAUCCUCCUAGCCAUGUAAGAAUUACCGGUGUUGGUGAAUCAAAACAGGAGUUGAUUGAAACGGGCAAUAGACUUGCCGGAUUUGCUGCGGCAUUGAAUCUAGCUUUCGAAUUCCACCCCGUAGUUGACAGGUUGGAAGAUGUGAGGUUGUGGAUGCUUCAUGUUAAGGAGAGUGAAACUGUGGCUGUCAAUUGUGUAUUUCAGAUACACAAGUUGCUCUAUGAUAGUACCGGAAGAACAUUGAGAGACUUUUUAGGUCUAAUUCGAAGUACGAACCCCUUAGUGGUUGUCAUGUCAGAGCAAGAAGCGGAGCACAACGAGACAUUGUUGGAAAGAAGGUUUUCGAAUUCUUUGAAGUUCUAUUCAGCUAUUUUCGACUCGUUAGAUUCAAUCCUUCCGGCAGAUAGUCCACUCAGGAUCAAGAUAGAAGAAAUGUUUGCUCGUGAAAUCAGGAAUAUCAUUGCUUGUGAAGGACGGGACAGGGUUGAAAGACAUGAAAAAUUCGGGAAGUGGCGACAGUUGAUGGAGCAAGGGGGUUUCCAGUGCUCGGGAAUUAACGAGAGGGAAUUGCUUCAGGGACAAAUGCUGCUGAAAAUGUAUUCUUGUGAUAACUAUAAGGUGGAGAAGCAGGGACAAGAUGGAAAUGCACUUACACUGAGUUGGUUGGAUCAGCCUCUUUACACAGUCUCAGCAUGGGCACCGGCCGAUAUUGCAGGCAGUUCAUCCUCUUAUUCUCAGCCAACUUGAAUCAGCCACAUCUCAAACGCAUACAAUAUACAGAAAGGAGUAUCAAUUCUUUGUAGGUAGAGAAAUUUGUCAUCAUUUAUUCAUUCUUUACUGCAAAUAAACUUCGUUGUCAGGUAGGAGAAGAACCAUUUUCAUGAACAGAUAUGUCAGUAUACGUGUUUCUUUUAGCUUCUGUUAUCAGGGCGAUUUCCAGAUUUUUACAUUAACGUUCAUUCUUUAAUUCUUUCUGUAAGCUGGAAUUCUUUCUUUUCUGUCAUCUAGCCGUGUAUUCUUGUCGUGUCAAGAUUUCUAUUAUUGAGUCCAUGUCAAUGUAUCAGGAAUGUUGUUAUAAACGAAUUGAUUUUUCUUGGUUUUA